ACUCAGAGGGAUUCCUGUGCACUGAGGAAGGGACCACGUAUCACUGCACCAAAGGAUCCAGCAUGCCUCAGUACAAGCUGACAUACUUCAAUCUGCGAGGACGAGCAGAAAUCAGCCGCUACCUGUUUGCUUACUCAGGCAAGAAGUAUGAAGACCACAGGAUAGAAGCAGCAGACUGGCCCAAAAUCAAACCAACUAUCCCAUUCGGCAAAAUCCCCAUUCUGGAAGUAGACGGAGUUACCAUUCACCAGAGCCUGGCCAUAGCAAGAUACCUUGCCAGAGAAUCAGGUCUGGCAGGUCAGACACCUGUGGAACAGGCACUUGCUGAUGCCAUUGUGGACACCAUUGAUGAUUUCAUGACACUGUUCCCUUGGGCAGAGAAAAACCAGGACGUGAGAAAACAAGCAUUUGAUAAUAUCCUCACGAACAAAGCACCCGAGUUACUGAAAGACUUGGAUACUUUCUUAGGGAAUAACACCUGGCUGGUAGGGAAGUCUGUAACAUGGGCAGAUUUCUACUGGGAUGUGUGCAGUACGACACUUCUGUCCUGCAAACCUGACCUGGCAGACAACUACCCCAGGCUGCUGGCUCUCAGGGACAGAGUGCAAGCACUUCCAGCCAUUGCAGCCUGGAUCCAGAAAAGGCCCAACUAUAAUGUAGAUUAG